AUGGCUACAUCGACCGGCUUUCCGCGCAUGUCCUUCGGGGCCAGCAAUAGCCUCGACUUGAGUCUGGGUAUCCCCGUUGUUCUCUUGCCUCCGUCGGACGGCCAUCCUUCGCCCAUCUAUGAGAGCGAUGAGGAUGCUCAGCGGACGCCCACUACGGCAACCGGACCCCGGAUCCCAGAACGCAGCAUAUGCCGAACCAGCCCCGGAUCCCCAGCACUGGCCGGUCCCAAAGUCCCUUACCAUCCCAUUCCGUCAAUGCAAGCAGCCUUUGCCGAAUCGUUUCUCGAGGUCGCUGAUGGUAACCCAUCCGACAAGCCAAAGCUCAGAUUUGCCGACGCAAAGGGUCGUCGCGAGGAGCUCAUCAGCCAGGAGCGCGAUGACGAUCUGCCCGAUAUGCUUUGGCGAUAUCGGCCUGGCCAGCGGGAGCAUGAGCUACAAAAGCUUAUGGCUCAGAUAUCCUUCGGUGUGUACUUGCUGCUGCAUGGCAUGGCCAAUAGCGCGGCUCAGGUUGUCAGCAUCCUGCAGGGACAUAUCGACGAGGUGGAUGAGUUUCUUGAAGUGGUCAUGGAAGACUUCGAUCAGGCGACCAAGGAUAUUAAGGAGAGGAUCGACUAUCUCCGUCUGCCCAUGGAGAACACAGAUGCCUUUGAAAAGAUGCUGGAAGGUCGUAAAUUUCGGCUCGAGAUCGUUCAAGGAAACGAAAAGAUUGAGCACAUCGUGGCCCGCACCAACGUCCAGCUCCAACAGUACGACAACGAUGUGCAGCAGGGCUUGGCCGCAACCAAGGAGUUUGCCAUUUACCUGGGUCAGCAAAAUGCGGGCACUUGGCGUCAAGAUCGCUCAGACCUCGUUGGCAUUUACACUGCCAUGAAGGGCAACACCGAGGGCUGGUACAAUGCGUUCGUGGAGUUGCAGGCUCGUGGCAAGGAGCUGAACUCUCUGGUCACCAAGCUUGGGAUAAUGGUGGCAGAAAUGAGUAAGAAGGCCGGCGAAGCCAGUAUUCCUCCCUUCACCUUACCUUUACAAGGCGCUCGAACCGAAGAAGCCACGCUCAACUCUCCGCCGUCUUCACCCCCAUCCUCCAGGGCUAUAAGGCGGUCAACCCUACGCGCGUACAGCGUCAGCUCAUGCGCCACGUCUUUUGACUUUGAUAUGCCGCUGCAGAGACCAUCACCGGCCGCUUCUCCAAGCCAGCAGUCAUUUGAAUCACAUCAAACAUCAUACUCGAACAGCACGACGCACUCAUUUCAUACCACACGCUCCCAGAGCACUUCAAACUCACAGAAGUCAUCGAAUUCCCACGGAACCACGCACUCAUAUGGUAGCACACACACAAGCAACACUAUGCGCAGCGCCAGCGGGAGUGCACACCCAACCACACCAAUGUUGACCUUGGAGGCCCCCGAUGGACCUGUGUCGGAGCCUGUGAGUGAUGUAGAGGUGGAGGUGACCCUGGAUGAUGCCUCGCUUUACAUUCUCCAACCACGAACGUAUACCCCGCAACCACCGGAGCCUAUCCCGUCACCUGUCACGGCAGAACCAGCCAGAAACCAGCCCCAGCCAGAAGCGCCCAUGCUGUCAAAGAGGACCUCGCUUCGGCAACGUGUCUCGUUGAAGACGACUCCACCCGAGUCAAUCCUGAUUCCGCCGCCAGCGAGAGAUCUUCCCCAUACUAGGCAAGAAUCGCCUCAAGAAUACCAGGCCCCGGAUUCGGCUUAUGGAUCAGAUGUUGAACAACGGCCGCGUUAUCCCACGGCCAAUGAGCUUUCUCCCCCGGUUUUGCCACCUGUGCUACCUUCUCCGCGGUCCGAGCAUCAAUUUUACCGCCCUGUACAAGCAAGUCCUCACUCUCCGCUACAACAGAGGCCACUCACCGCGGGUGCGCAGCCUAGGUCGCUAUACGAAAGUCACCCUGGGUACCAUUCCGCACACCAGAGAAAUGUGCCGUCUCGUCUUGGGGGCGCAAGUAUGCUGAGCACAGUCACCACAAUGACAUACGACUCGAAAAUGAUGGCUAGCGGAGAGAAACGACUCAAAAAGAAGCGCAGCGCCUUUGGCUGGUUGAAGAAAGCCUUCUCUCUCGACGAAGAAGAGCGUCAGGUAUAUGAGGCGCGACGACAGCAGGAGGUCCCCAAUAUCUACUACGACAGCAGAAGCCCCAAGUUCCUGGACGGAAAGAGGGUGACGCCACGGUGA